UCAACUUUGUUGCUGUGAAAUAGCUUUAAUUUAUCGUGCGUUGGCGAAUUACUGUGGUUUUAUUUAACCUGACAUGUAUUAGUGUUAACACUUGGAACUAGUUUAUGAAACAUCAGCUUCUCAAUAUAUGAAUCGCUGACGAGAUGGAAAAAUAAGAACUUAACAUGAAAAGUAACACGGGUUUGAAUGAGGCGUUCUAUCGCCAAAAGCUAGAGCAGAAGCUGAUGGUGGCCAAGAUGGAGGCAGUGUGUAGCGUCGCCAUCAACUCAUCCACCAUACCAGUGGAGCACUGCCCCAUGGCCUGGGACGGGAUCAUGUGUUGGCCCACCACGCUGCCUGGAGUGCUCAGGUCAUUGCCAUGUCCUGGCUAUAUCGUCGGCUUCAACCCCACUAUGAUGGCGUUCAAGCAGUGUACCGCUGAAGGAGAGUGGUUCGUGAGGUCCACAACCAAUAAAACCUGGACCAACUACUCACAAUGCUACAGCAGUAGUACAACAAACAUAGUGGUACAAUACCCGGAGAUAGAAAACUCUUCUUUAAUAGCUCAAUAUGUUCCUAUAGUGAAGGCGGUGUCACAUGUUGGCUAUGGCGUGUCGCUGGCCACAUUGAUGGUAGCGUUCUGUAUAUUUGCAACUCUGAGGCGUUUAAGAUGUCCACGCAACAAGCUACACAUGCAUCUGUUCGUAUCGUUCAUGUUGAGAGCGUUCACUACACUCCUCAAAGACUCGCUGUUUGUCAAAGGGAUCGGGCUCCCAUCGGACUUCACUGUCAAAGACGGAGAAAGCUACUUAUUACAUAGCAACCAGUUUAGUUGGCAGUGCAAGAUGCUGGUUUGUCUCUGGCAAUACUUCAUCAUGGUCAACUACUCGUGGAUCCUAAUGGAAGGACUGUAUCUACACAACCUCAUAUUCGUCUCCGUGUUUUCCGACACAUCGUCCAUAGCUCUCUACGUCGCCUUGGGCUGGGGUCUACCGGUGUUAUUCGUGGGGCCCUGGGUGAUAGUAAGGGCUCUACUAGAGGACACGCUAUGUUGGACAACCAACGACAAUCCUUACUACUUCCAGCUGAUCAAAGGGCCCACCACAGCCUCUGUCUUGAUCAACUUCAUCCUGUUCCUCAACAUAGUACGAGUGUUGCUGUCCAAGCUACAGGCGUCUAUAUGUGAGGAGACGCGCAGAUACAGGUACAGACGGUGGGCCAAGUCCACCCUGGUGCUGGUGCCGUUGUUCGGAGUCCACUACGCCGUGUAUCUCACCACCUCCUACAUAGGGGUGGAGGGGAAGGUUGAGCUGGUGUGGCUCUUCAUAGACCAGGUCUUCGCCUCCUUCCAGGGGUUUUUCGUAGCGAUUCUCUACUGCCUCCUGAAUGGCGAGGUAAGGACAGAGCUGGCCAAGAAGUGGCGUAGAUUGCCGUCUUGGAGGUCUAGGACGGACCACCGCGCGUCGCUACCCCUCAACUCUCUGUCGCAACACGCGGUCAAACGUACUUGCCUGGGCAGUGUGUUCAGCCGCCGUCCACGCCGCUACAGGCCGCACGAGAAUGGCAACAAGCGCGGCAGUUCGGCAGACACGUGUAUGAGUACGUUGGUCUCAAGCGUCACAACGGACGUAAACACUACGACGUCGCUGGUGUCUCAACACAAGAAAUCAAUGGUCCCAGAUAGUGCAGAUUCCGGCUACAUGGAGAGCCAGCUGACGUAAAACGAAUAUUCAACAUUCGUAGAAAUAAUUAAACACUAAAAUAUUUACUGAAAAGAUGGUGUUUUGAAGAUCAAUUUGUGGAAAGAGUUCAAAGUACUUAGUUCGUAAACACUUAAGUACCCAAUUAAUUCGACCGAAAUGUUACCAAAAGAAAGAUGAAUGCUAAGGAAUGUGAGUCUCGUUGCAAGGAAGAAAAUACAUGUUUUGAGAUCUCAUGGUUCUUUACUAACAGUGUUUUAAUGUGAAGUGGUUUUGUACAAUAGACAUUAAUCUAUUUGGUUAGUUAUAAUUCAGUAUUUGCAUGCCAAAUGUCUAAGACAAAAUGCACUGCUUGUGAUGUUUUAGCACCUUGACUAUUAUAUAGUUUUUGUUUAAAUAACGUGAUAUAACGCUUAAGAAAGUUCUUUACAGUCAAUACACGUAUUGCUAAGAAAUUGUAUCUUAAUUUCUUAAACUGUAUUAUUCAAACCGUGCCCUAACCAUUUGGCUUGAAAUGAUCACCUAAUACAUUGGAAUAGUUAAUAAUAAUAGCAUAAUUGCCCAAAAGCUAUAAAAUAAUUACGAAAUAUUAUAUUACGUUACUAGUCCGGAAAAUAUGUGUUUACUGGACGAGUAUGAUCCGACACUUUACGAGGUGUUUACUGGACGAGACGACAUUUUGGACGAGUGGCGUACGGUAUUUUCGCCAUAGUCUAAACCAACCUAACAGUAAAAUAAAAUUGUACAAAUCAGUUAUAUUUUCCCACCGACAAAAGGACUUUGUGAGAGGUUAUUCGUUGACUUAUUGCCGAUAAUUAUAAUCAGCUGGUGUCUAGUAAAAAUGCAAUACAAUAUAGUAACGUAUUGAUACUUCAUUUGAUUAUUGGUCGGCCGCUUAGAAAAAGACCUGCGCGCUAAUGUUAAUUCUAACGCUAGAUCUUUUUCUUAGCGACCGACCUAUAAGCAGGCGGCAAACACCUGUUUUCCGGACUAAUUUCAUGAGGGAAAAAUUUGUUAAAACAGCAACUAAAGCCAACAUGAUUGUUGUUCUUACUUAUUUCCAUCAGGUCGUUGUUAAAAGAUUAUUUUAGUUUACUUAUUAAAUUGUGUACUAUUUGAGAGAGUUAAAGUAAUUUAUUUUUAUACUCAAAGCUUCACGGAGUACCUGCAGUUGUAUUAGACUAUGAAUAAUUGUUAAGUAAACCUUGAUGUGUAUAUAUUUUGUAUUUUAUAAAAUAAAUUAUGGUUGGAAAUAUAAAUGCUAUGUUUUUCGUUGUGAAUAAAAAUAUUCGUUUUUUUAAA